AGGCUCAAGUAAGCUCACUUAGCCCAGUGUUUGGUCCUGUUCACUUCAGGCCUCUCCAAUUCAUUCAUUCGACAUGGCUUUCCGCCUUUGCGUUCUUGCUAUCUCCUUCUUUGCCGCCGAGGCCAGCCUUCGGGGCAAGAUCCAGGCGCACAGCGGCACUAUGAGCGCCGAGCAGCUUCGGGAGACGGUGCUCCAGGAGGUCAUGGCAGCCCUGGGCAGCGGGCACCGGGUCACGGAGCAGCGGCUUGCGGUCAUCGAGGAUGCGCUGCGGCCCACCUUCCAGGCAAUGCCCAAGAACGCGCAGGGCAAGUUGGAGGAUGCCGCCGCAAGGUACGUCCUGCACCGUUUGUUUGUGCAGCGCCAUGCUAUGUACAUCAAGGGCCUCGAGGCCUCGGGCAUGAGCUGGAACAACAUGUCCACUGCGGAGGUGCUGGAGGAUCACAUCCCAUCCUUCGUGCUCUCGCUCUUUGAGGACCGCCUGAAGGGCGAGGGGCUGGGGCUCCAUGAGCUCACCGUGCUGGCGGCCACCCUGGAGCAUCUCAUCCACGACGAGGCGGUGGCCCGGCUUGGGGUGGUCUAUGAGGCCCACGGCACCUCCAAGGAGCAGCGCGUGGACGAGGUGGCCCUCCAAGAGCUCAUCGACACCUACAUGACCAUCUUCUUGGUGGGUGCCCAGAACGCGAACGCCACCUCGGUGGCUCAGGAGCGCUCGAACGUUGUGGACAGCUACCCGGGCUGGAAGGACACCCAGAAGUUCACCAUGCAGGUCGUGUCCAGCGUGUCGCAGGCCAAGAUGACGGAGCCGGACUUCGCCAUGGGCAACUUCACCUUCCGCGCGGCCACGCAGAUCGUGGAGGAGAUCGGUGAGCGCUAUGGGCGCUGGCAAGACUCCGAGUGCCGCGACUUGAAGGGCCUGCUGUCCAAGCAUGAGAACGCCGGCACUGGCCGAGUCCUCUUGAAGGACUUCUACGGCGCAGCGCUCAAGGGGAAUUGGCAGUUCUCCGAGAGCGUGGCCUACCUCCGCGAGCUUGGCGCUUUGGAUGAGUCGGACCCGGCCAACCUGGCUGUUUUGAUCCCCAACUACGUGAACUCCCAGUCCAACUGCGUGGCAUCCUCCUCCAUCUACUCUGUGUGCUGCAUCAACGAGUGCGAGGCGCUGAUGGGGCACUUGGAGCGCCAGGUCGCCGCGCCGGAGGCGAGCCCGGGCCAGCUGCUGCAGCUGGUGGCCCACCUGCCCUCGAACACCCAGAAGGCGCCGCGCACGCUCCCGGCGAGCCUUGGGGAGCGCCUGCAGCAAGUGGCUACGCACCACGGGGGGAUGGUGCCUUUGCAUGGCCGGCUCUUUGCCCAGUGGUUGCACCACGCCUAUCCCCGGGAGUGCCCGUACCCACACCUGGCGGGCAAGACCAACCCCAUGACGGCGGAUGAAUGGAUGCAGGUGAAGGGGCAGAGCGUGUCCGCCACCAAGGACGAGAUGAAGCGCGUGAUCGCGCAGGCUGUGGCGCAGCCGAAGGAGCAGGAGCUGCCAUGGGUGCAUCAGGAAGAGUUGGUGGCAGAGUCAGAGACCAAGAAGUCCGGAGGCGGCUUCUUCGGCUUCGUGCGGCAGGCGCUCUUCGUCUUCGCCGCGGUGGGCGCCUGUGGCGCCUUGGCCUCGAAGGCCCUCGCCACGCUGAGCUCCGGGCACCGCGAGCUGCUGCCGAGCGUCCACAAGCAGCACAUGUGCUAGACGCAUCGCUGGGCCAUGUCUCAAGUUGCGCCUCAGCCAUCCGCGCACCCGUAAGUGAGGAGAAGCAGAGACGC